CCUUUGCCCUCUUGUCCCUCCCGGAGCGGCCGCCGCGCCGCUCCUCUCCCCGCGCGAUGUCUCCGGUGCUCUCCAAGCCCGAAUCGGGGCCGCUGCCCCAGAGGCUGCUCGCGCGCUACUUGCUCCUGCUCCGCCUCUACCCGGUGCUCACGAAAUCCGUGUCCAGUUCCCUGCUGUCAGCUCUUGGGAGUCUUGUUGCUCAGAUCAUCGAGAAGAGACAGAAGAAGGGAGGCUUGGAUCUGCGGGGGCCCCUGAGGUUUGCCAUCUAUGGGUUCCUGUUCACGGGGCCACUCAGUCACUACUUUUACCUGUACCUGGAACAGCUGAUCCCGUCGGACGUGCCUUUUGCGGUCGUCAGGCGCCUUCUUCUCGACCGCCUCGUCGUUGCUCCAGCCUUCCUCGCACUCUUCUUCUUCGUCAUGAACUUGUUGGAGGGAAAGGGCGCUUCUGCAUUUGUCAAGAGGAUGAAGUCUGGCUACUGGGCAGCCCUCAAAAUGAACUGGAAAAUGUGGACGCCAGUCCAGUUCAUCAACCUGUAUUAUGUCCCGAUGCAGUUCCAGGUCCUCUUUGGCAACCUCGUGGCCCUCCUCUGGUUCGCCUACCUGGCUUCCAUCAAGAAAUGAGCCCCUGGGCAGCCGCCCUGGGGAGGAAGCCGCACGUGGCCCCGAGUCGUCCUCUGGCGGGGGAGGCAGGCAGCCGCAGGAGCAGCGGUGGAGCUGAGCAAGCCCCCACGUGGCAGGGCCGGGCCCGUGGCCAAGCGGCAGCGGUUGCCUGCUCCCUCCGGGGCCCGCUGCCACGGGGCCCCCGCUCCCGUCAUCCCCACCGUCACGAUUAACACUGCUUCUGUACAUCUUGUAUUCGACUUUUGCUAAUGCGGCAGCAGGUAAAAAUGCCCUUUUUCAAAUGGUGCUUGGUAAAAAUGUGCGCUGGGAUCAGGGAAACCGGCAUAGGCCAUUGGUCUUGGGUGUGCUCUUUAAAAAGUGGAAAUAAAAUAAAGAAAGCCGCCUUUCAAAGGAUAAAAUAAAAUGGCCUUUUUGUGGGGA